GUAGAGGAUACCGUCUACGCACAAGGCUGUUGGGACGAGCUUACCGCGCAAGCCUUUCUCGCGGCACUGAGCAAUCUCAUCCUCGCGGGCGAAGACGCCUCGCCCACCUUCACCCACACCCUAAACAGGGCCAUCGACGAGGCCAAAAAGAUCGAGGAACUUGCCGUGGACUUUGCAGGAGAACAUCCGGUGCUCACCGCCGCAGUGUUGGCGAUUCUGGCCCUGGGUGUCCUUUAUCUGUUCUGGCCGGCUGCGCUUGACCUCCUUGGGUUCGGCUCCGAGGGAAUUAUCGCAGACUCCUUUGCUGCUCGGUUCUGGCAGAGCUAUCUGGGCAACGUCCCCAAGGGGUCUUUCUUCUCAUACCUUCAAAGACUUGCCAUGACG